CUUCGCCAUGCCUACAGAAUGGUAGUUUAGUAUACAAUGCAUGGAUGCUUUUUCUGUAGACCUACAGUCUACUGGUGGAAGCCAUAAGGGAAUAAGAGGAAGAAUUAGCCUGUGUGUUUGUGUGGCUGUGCUCCAGUAAAUAUUUUGAUGCAUCUGCUGCCAGCUCUGGUCUGAGGGAAUCUACCUAGCAUUUAAAUUUUGAUGGGGAGCUGUUUUGAAUAAUAACAGUGCAGCCGGCUGUGAGUCAGUGCAUGUGUGUUGACUGAAGGAAGAAAAAAAAUCUCAAAGCUUAAUGCUUGCUGAACGCUGAGCUGCAGUGCUUUCCUUUGCCGCCUCCCCUUCUUUCUAGUAGAUAUUCCACACAGAUUUUUUCCCCAUUCUUUCUCUUGUUCAUUGGGGUGGGGGAGGGAGGAACAGCAACAAAAAAUAAUAAUAGCCCCUCACCCAAGUAGCAGUUGCAAUGGGUGCUGUCAUGGGCACGUUCUCAUCUCUGCAAACCAAACAAAGAAGACCCUCGAGAGAAUUCGCCCGGUGGUAUUACCUGUCUCAGAGAGAUAAAAUUGAAGAUGAAUUGGAAAUGACCACAGUAUGUUAUCGGCCUGAAGGACUGGAACAACUUGAGGCACAAACCAAUUUUACAAAGAAGGAACUUCAAGUGCUUUACAGAGGUUUCAAAAAUGAAUGUCCUAGUGGAGCUGUUAAUGAAGAAACAUUCAAACAGAUCUAUGCACAGUUUUUCCCACAUGGUGAUGCUAGCAUGUAUGCCCAUUAUCUCUUUAAUGCAUUUGAUACAGCACAGAAUGGAUCCGUAAAGUUUGAGGAUUUUGUGACAGCGUUAUCCAUUCUGUUGAGAGGAACAGUUCAUGAAAAACUACGGUGGACAUUUAAUCUGUAUGACAUAAAUAAAGAUGGCUAUAUAAACAAAGAGGAAAUGAUGGAUAUAGUAAAGGCAAUUUAUGACAUGAUGGGCAAAUAUACCUAUCCAGUGCUGAAAGAUGAUGCUCCAAGGCAGCAUGUAGAAGUAUUUUUCCAGAAAAUGGAUAAAAAUAAAGAUGGUGUCGUAACUUUGGAUGAAUUUAUUGAGUCAUGUCAGGAGGAUGACAAUAUCAUGAGAUCCUUACAGCUUUUUGAAAAUGUUAUGUAACAGCAGCUGAAGAACAGCACUGGAAAUCAGAGACUUUAUAUGUAAUGGGACCCUGAAGAAAAUGAGUCAAGAUUUUUCUCCCCACCACCCUUUUUGAUGAAAGCUUUUUACUACUUGGAUAUAACUCAGCGUGCAAGGAUUUUGUAUGCCAUCACAAACUGGGCUGUGUCUCUGAAUGCAACAAACUUGAUCUUGCCUCCGUCAGAACACACUGGCUAUAAUUUAUUUCAUUUAGAAGCAUGUUAUUAAAAACCUGACCAGAGAGACCUGCUAUUUAAAAGGGUAAUGAAUUAUUGAAGAUUACAUGAUUAAAAAAUAUCCAAUGUUCUGUUUGCUAAUCACAAAACAGCUGCUGCUUUUGCUCUAGCAAGCUGGAUUGCAUAUGGUAGCACAUCAUCAGUAGCUUGCUUAACCAUCUAUUGUGAGCAGAAACCCUUUUUGUAUUCUCACAGGAGGAAAAACAUUGUGCUGAUAUGUUGUUUUGAGAGUGACAUGUGAGAAGAGAUCAUGUUGGUUCUGCAAGGUGACACAAAUUUAGCAUACUAAAUGGAGAGUGGGAUAGCUUUAGGUCCUGUCUGGAUGACCUGCUUAUCGUGAAACAGAGUUGUGAUUCAUUUGUUUCACAAGAUUCAGACCAUUUUGCUUAAGAAAAGGCUGCCUGUUCAGUGAUACUGCAUUUCACCAGCACUUAAACUGCAAUAGAUUGUUUCAGAAAGGAUAAUCUUCAGUAGCAACUAUGAGGUAAGGCGACACAUAAAUAAAUUAACAAGACAUAUAUAGAUUGCCACAUUUUGCCUUUUGAUUGGUAAAAUAGUAUUUAUCUAAAUCCCUUUUGCAGGCUGAAUACAAUGUUCAGACAUGAUUAGAUUUUUCCUGUAAGCCUUCCAUCCAGGUUUUUUUUUAAUACUUCAAAUGUGGAUAGCAACAGGGAUAUCGCUCCUACAAUUAUCCAAUCAUUUCUCUUAUAUAUGAGUGGCUCCUAUUUUACAAUAGGGAUAGGCAACCUAUGGUUCCCAAAAUGUCAUUAGAUCAUAAAUCCAAUCAUGUCUGAACAUUACCCACCCAAAAAUCCAACAUUUGCCAUGGUACAAAAUCCCACCCUGCUCCACUACCUUACAAUUGGAAUCCUGCAAGUGGCAAAGGCAGUAGCAACAGUGCCACCUUGCUCACUAGGCAUUUUAGGCUUUGUACUUGGGACCUAUGAAAAUAAAAUUAACAAAAAAACCCCAAGAAUUGGAAAGUAAAAACAAAAAUUCAAAAUAAGGAUAGUUUCUAUUUCCAGUUUUUAAUGGACAUGCAUGUUUUGAUGUCCAUAGAGGUCAACAGAAUGGUUUUUGGAAUGCUAUCUGUCCCUAAUGGUAUGUCAGGGCGAGGAGUGAAGUAAAAAAAAAAAGAGUGCCUAAGGCCUAUGAAAAUCUAUUUGUAGUCCUGGGUAGAGACAUGCUUGGAUCCAAUUCAUACAAAACACAGGAGCAUAGAAACGAGCCAUCCAUUUAGCCAUGUUACCCAAUAUUGGUGACACUGGAUGAGAAUGGCAUUCCAGAAUUCCAGGCAAUCUUCUUUUUUAUUCCAUAUGGAAAUUCCAGGGAUUAAACGAGGAGCCUCCUCCAUGUAAGAAAUGGGUUCUCAAUGUUGAACUACAGCUCUUCAACAAGAUGUAUUUAAGCAGGCAAACUUUGUGAUGUAGUAUACUUAGCAGGUUUGAUUCUUUAUUUUAUUGUUUUCUGUGACCUGAAAGGUCUAUAUUCAAGACCUAGCCAUUUAUGGUAUUUUUAAAUGGCUGCAAUAUUAGAAGACACGUAUGCUCCUUAUGUAGGACCACCCUCCCAGCCAUGAAGGAUAGUGUAAAUAAAAAGGAUCAGAUAUUGGUUUGCAUCAUAACAGUUUCACAUUAACUGACAGCAGCCCGCCUAAUGCUUUGAAAGCCUUGCUGUUAUGAACUUGGAUCAUGAGCAAACAAUACCCAGAAUUCCCAAGUAGAAAAGCAUGCAUGAUAUGCUCCAUGUAGUAGAACUAAGUUAUCAAAAGGUUGGAUAUUUAAAGUACUUUAGAAGUAAGUUUUUUUUCAGUAUACAAAAUAAAUCAAAGCCAUGAAACUGGAGCCCUGAUCAAAUAUUAAGCACACAUUGAUUUUGCUGGUCGGAGCUCCAGUUUGUAAUAUAGUGAUGAUAUUGUGGAAUCAGGAAAAAAGCAGUUAUGAUCUCUGAACAAGAAAUGGUUUAGAGCAGGCAUAGGCAGACUUCAGCCCUCCAGGUGUUUUCAACUUCAACUCUCACAAUUCCUAAUAGCCAGCAAGCUGGAUGGGAUUUCUGGGAGUUGAAAUCAAAAACACCUGGAGGGCAGAAAUUUGCCCAUGCCUGGUUUAAAAUAUUUGAAAGAUACCUUUUAAUAGGUUUAAAAAUAUAUUUCAUAUUUAAGAUCAGAAGAGAUUUUUAAAUGGACAUAUUUACCUUCAUCAGGAGCAGAAUUUUCAGAAUACAAUUUCUACAUGUGGUCUGUCCCAAAAGUAAUGAGAAUGUUUUUUUAAAAAAAAAUUAACAUACUUGCAAUUAGAGCACCAAACUUGGCCUGUUCCAAAAAUUACUUGAAGAAAAAUAAUGAAUGUUUUAAGAUGAAUUCUGAUGCACACUAUUUCAAAGCAAGACAAUUAUUUAAAGAAAACAAAAAAAUUAAUUAUGAUGCUGAUUUUUUCAAAGCAGAUGCUAUAUCCUUUGCCACUGCAUUUUUAACUGUAAACAGUUAUAUACUAUUUAUACUAUAUUCCCCCAAUCCAACUAAUUAGCCAUGAUGUAUGACACAAUAUUUCUGUUCUUUUCAAAUGUAGCUUAUUCCAAGAAACUGUGUUUAGUGCAAUUUUUACAACCUGUUUGGAAGAAAAUUCUGAUGAAAUAAGUGGCCUUAAUUACAAGUAAACUUGGUUGAGACUAGACCGCUUAAUGUAAAUUCCAUCACUUUCAGUGGGAGCUUGAACCAACUGGAUUGAGGCCAUAACCACUUAGUUUGGAGAGAAGUUAUAGUUACUGCUUGUGCCUUCUGUGAGUUUCAUGAAUUCCUUCCAGUACAUCUAGCACUAUGAGGUUGAACACUAGAACACAGGGAUUUUAGCUAGGUCAAGAAAGAGCUGAAUGUUAUCAUUUACAGCCAUAGCUGUUAGCACUGGAUGGAUCAAUAGAACAUUCAAAUGCAAAGCGAUGCAAGAUCUGAUUCGUAAUUUGAAUUCCCAUUUUAGACAAAGGAUUAGUGCCAAGACCUUCAAAGCCCACUGGAAAGUGCCACGUGUUUUGGUUUGCACAAUGGUUUAAAAAGCUUAUUGCCUAAACAGGUGGCUAUGGACAGAACAAAAAACAAGGGAGGGUCAGCAAGCAAGAAGUGGCUUGGCUUACACUGUGCCCUCUCCGACUAUCAGAUUUCCAGGACGGUUCUGCAUAUAUUUUUUACAAACAGAUAACAUGUUGUUGUUGGCAAGGAAAAUAUAUUUUAAAUAUGACAUUCAUAGCUCUAUAUUUUAUAAAGCACAUUAAUUGUAAAGCCUGAAUGUGUGUAGACAUCUGUAUUGCUGAUGGUGAGUGUAACUGGAUUUGUCGUGUGACUCGUAGGAUAGCAAUGUGUUCUCCCAGGAUACUGUAAGGUCCUUUUAGAGUCUUGAAACUCUGUCCCCACUGACUCUCCACAUAUACACCCUUCCAGGUUAUAAUCAUCGAUGAAGUAGGCUGAUGCAUGUGGAAGAUUAAGGCAUAUUAAGCCCCUUAAUGUUUAAAAGUUUUGCUCCCCUAGCAAAAAAAAAUAUAUCAGCAAACCUAGGCAAAUUAGAGGCAUUCUUUCCAAAUAUGUAGUAAACAAUUAUUUUUUUAAAAAAUAGUGCAGAGAUUUGAAACUGUGGCCCAGAAAAUGUUGUUGGGUUGCAACACCUUUAAUCUCUAAUCACUCAUCAUAUAUUUUCUCUGGGAACUCCGAUGUAUUUCCAGAACUGCUUCUGGAACAUAAGGACUGAGAUCCUACACAGGAAGCAUAAAUACUCCACAUAUGUAGCUUUCUUCCCUAACAACUGUCAAGCUUGAGGAGGCUGCUGGUGCUGCCAUAAAUGGGAGAAAUGAUGAGUAAAAGGACUGCCUAUCAUCUCUUUGUAGUUUACUAGGCCCCUUCUACCCUACCAUAUAAAAUCCAGAUUAUCUGCCUUGAACUAGAUUACGUGGCAGUGUAGAGGAAGCAUUAGAAUGAGAGCAGCAGAACAAUGACCUUGUAUCUCACAUAUCUUACUUUCGCUAGCAAAGUGUAGAGUGGAUGAGAGGCAUCCAUGCUGCCUGGUUUCCGCUCUUCCCUUCCAUCAUAGGGGUGAUUCUCAGGCCCCUUCUACACUGCCAAAUACUCCAGAUUAUCAAAUCUGAAAGUCCACAUUAUCUGCUUUGAACUGGAUUAUCUGAGUCUACACUGCCAGAUAAUCUAGUUCAAAGCAGAUAAUUUGAAUUUUAUAUGGCGGGGGGGGGGGGGCUGGUUUUAAACAGAGUUCAAGGAAAUAGACAAUAGCCCUAUCCACCUGUUCAGAUCAAAAUGUAUACUCUUGUAAAACAUGCAUGUCACUAACAGGAUUCUGGGUAAGAUAUAUGGGUCAGUUUUCAUGGUUUGCAUCUGAUACUAUCAAUUCAGAUUAAUAUGUGGAGAGCAAACAUGAGAAAGGUUAUUGCAAGCACUAGUGGCCAGGCUAAAAUAAUGUAUUUUUCUUUUUUCAUGACUAGCCUUCCUGCUGGUUAUCUAUUGUGUGCCAAACCACAUCAUUUUUUCAUAUCUCUACUAUGCUAAAAACUAAAAUCCCACCGUUUCCCCUCAUCCUCAGAAAGUUGCCAAUCAAUAUGUUCUACCCCCAGGAACUCCAAAUUUUGCAGGUCCAAAAGUCCUGCCAGGGCCAAGGUUUACAUGUGGACUUGCCACCAAUAGCACAAUGGUUCUGCUCCUGUUACUACUGAGAUCAGUAAUAGAACUCAAGCGAUUUCAGCAUACCUCUGUAGACUAAUGAUUCAAACAGACAGUCUUUCCCAUCUGCAAUGGAAAUUACUAAUGACCAUGAUGGUCACUACAUAUAAUUUACAUAAUUGUUUCUCUUUUUUAAAAUGUAUACUGCAAAAAGACUAAAGCCAUUGCCCCCGCCCCUUUUUUUCAUCUCUAAUUAUAAACUCUAACUGUGAUGAUGCCAGGGUCCUUAAUAAUCCAAGUAUUUUUAUUUCUUCACCUAACUCCCUUUAUUGUUAAUAAAGGUCUUACCCAUGAACCGGAUAGAUGAAUACAGCAUGCAGCCUGACUAAUAUGUAAAGGUGACAGAGCCAUGUAUUAUUCAUAGUAGUGCCAUUUAGUACUGGGAAAUGCGAUCACUUGUGAUAAUUACCAUGAUCCAAACAAAGUUAAGCACUUCAUCAGAGUUGAUUGAUUUAAAUAUGAGAGACCCAAAAAUGACUUUGAAAUAGCCAUCAAAUAAGCCAGGGUCUUCUUAGACAUUUACGGUGGUAUAGGGUUACAUGGAUAGUUUCACUUUUUGCAUAUUUCUGUAUAGAGGUAUCCAGUACUCUCUUAUGCAAGUAAUUCUCCUUCAUCCCAAAGUAAAAUGUAUGGCUAGUUCAUGUGGCAUAAUUGUGUGUCCCCCUAAAAAACAAACAUCUGAACAAGAACUGAAUUUGCUCUGAAUAUUCAUCAGAAUUCCAUCAUUGCUGCCAAUUUACACUCCACUUGAGUUUUAAACACAAUCUCGGCCUCACUCGUGCAUGUCUUUGAAGAUGUUGCUUAACUUUGUCUGGAUCAUGCCCAGUUUUAGUAUUCUACGACCAUUAAGGAACUCAGCUUGAUCAUCAUCCAUAAUUGCAAUAUUUAUGGCAAAAACAUGAUGAUAAUAAGAGAAAUACUGUGAUCAAUUGAUUUUGCAUCAUCCUGAAUUUUACAAGCAUUCUAUAGAAGGUUGUUUGUUGGUUAAGGUUCUAAGUUUUUAAAUGUGUUUUCCAUUGUACAAACUGUUCACAAAUGUAAUUGUUUCAGCAAUGUCCAAUAUGUUUGUCAAGGAUUAAUUUUAGGUCCUUAAAGUUGUGUCAUGAGAACAGUUUUACCAAAUGUUAUUUAUAUGCAGUUUGUUAAAAAUGGAAAGGACAAUAAUGAUGAUGCAAAAAAUAAAUUAAUGUGUCUGCUGCUUUUGAUGUUAGUUUUUCCUCUUACUCAUUGAAAUGCCAUGAGUGAUCAUAAAUAACAUUGAUUGUAAUGGUUUCAGCUGGAAUGACAGAUUAGUGGCAUCCCAGAAAUGUUGUCAUGCUACAGAAAAACAUUCCCAAUGUGUUUACAUAAGAUAUGUAAUUCAUAAGAGUGCAGUGAUGUGAUAGCUUUCUCCUUCCCCAUGCAACAUCUGCCAUAGCUUUUAAGAACAGCAUAAAAAUUAAUAAAAUUUCAUGAGAAAUCAAGCCAUUCUAUCGGGGCAGCAAUGCAUAAUUUCACUUGUGUGGAUAUUAAGAUCAAACAGCAAUUUGUAAAAUAUUUUGUUGAACAUUUUCAAAGAUUUUGGUUUUAUUAAUAAAAAUAUAUGUACAUAAAA